GUCACAAAAAGUAGUAGUCUCAUAUUUGUGACAAAGUCCCAUUAACAAAAUGGCUUUUUCUCAUAUUGGAGUCCUAGUGUUUUUAAGCUCAUGCAUGGUUGCAUAUGGUGGCAAUUUCUACCAAGAUUUUGAUCUUACAUGGGGUGGUAAUAAAGCAAAGAUUUUCAAUAGAGGGCAGCUGCUUUCCUUGUCUUUGGACAGGGAAUCUGGCUCUGGUUUCCAAUCCAAGAGAGAGUAUCUGUUUGGAAGAAUUGAUAUGCAGCUUAAACUUGUUGCUGGCAACUCUGCUGGCACUGUUACUGCAUACUACUUAUCUUCUCAAGGACCAACACAUGACGAAAUUGACUUUGAAUUCCUGGGGAAUGUCACUGGUCAGCCUUACAUCCUCCAUACUAACGUCUACGCUCAAGGAAAGGGAGGCAGGGAACAACAAUUUUAUCUCUGGUUUGAUCCGACAAAGAACUUCCACACUUACUCAAUGGCCUGGACUCGUGACCACAUUAUAUUCUUGGUAGAUAACACUCCUAUCAGACAGUUCAAGAAUGCUGAAUCACUUGGCGUUCCAUACCCAAAAAACCAACCUAUGAGGAUUUACUCUAGCCUCUGGAAUGCUGAUGAUUGGGCUACAAGAGGUGGACUAGUGAAAACUGACUGGACACAGGCACCUUUUACUGCAUACUACAGGAAUUUCAAUGCUCAGACCGCUACUGUUGGUAAGCUGUCCAAUGGGGCAUGGCAGAAACAGGAACUUGAUGCCUACAGCAGAAGAAGAUUGAGAUGGGUUCAGAAGAAUUUUAUGAUAUACAAUUAUUGCACUGAUUAUAAGCGGUUCCCUCAAGGAUUUCCUCCUGAAUGCAGACUAUGAAGAUUUCACUAGUUGAUCAUGUCUUGAAACUGAAACUUUGGAGAUGGUUUUGAACAAUUGUUACUGAUAUGAAUUUCAUUUGUUUAUUCCUGUUUUCCUUCAUUUUGUUGUACCAUGUUGAAUAAAUAAAAUUUUCUAUGCUUCUUUGAAAA